AUGAAGAAGGCGGAGGUGACCAUAAUGACGGCGACUGAACAUCGGAUAGAGCUCCGACGGAGGUGGACACAAGUGAAGAGGGGUAUUCACUGGGUGGCAUGGAACAAAGUCACAGUCCCUAAGAGUUCUGGUGGUUUGGGCUUUAAAGAUGUCAAAGUCUUCAAUGAUUCUCUUAUUCUAAAGCAACUGUGGAAACUUUUGACUAAACCUAACUCAUUGAUGAUUAGAGUUCUUAAGAAAAGAUAUUUUCCUUCUGGUUGUGUGCUGGUUGCUAAAAAGAGUAGUGCUGCUUCUUGGUUAUGGAACUCCUGGGUGACAGUUCUCAAUAUGCAUAAAGAUGGGUUUAGAAGGGAGGUUAAAGAUGGCAUAAAUACUAAAAUCCUAUCUCAUCCUUGGGUUGCUGGUCUUAGCAUAGGUAAGCCUUCUUUAAGAGCUGAAGUGAAUGAUUUCUCUCUGACUUGGGUUAAAGAAUUGUUGUCGGAUGAUGGGAGGAGUUGGAAUGUAGAUCUUGUGAGGGAGCUCUUUACUCCUAAAUCUUGCAAAGCCAUCCUUCAUAUUAGAAAUUUAAAUCCAACAGAAAAGGAUAGAUGGGUUUGGAAGGCUGAUUCAAAAGGAAAAUUUUCACUGGCUUUGGCUUACUCAGUUGCAAGGGAGGAGUUAGAAUGUAGAUCUUGUGAGGGAGCUCUUUACUCCUAA